AUGCGUCUCCCCGCCGUUUUGCUGCUGCUGCUGCUGUGCGCGCUCCGCUUGUGCGCCCUAGCCGGCCGCGCUAGCGAUUACGAGCUGCUCUACGUGAACUUGGACAACGACAUCGACCACGGACUCCCGCCAACCGCCCCCCCUGCGCCGUGCGACUGUCGCCGGGAGCCAACCAAGUGGGACAAGCUGUUCAUCAUGUUGGAGGACUCGCAGAUGCGCGAGAGGAUGCUGCUGGAGGCCACCGACCACGUCCUGCGCGUGGAGCUGCAGCGGCUGCGGGCCGAGCUGGCGGGGCUGGCAGGACGCCGAUCCCAGCCAUGCACGCCGGCGGCCUCCAAGGACGGGCUGGCGGGAGCGCUGGCCGAGCUGCUGCAGGCGAGCCGGGAUGCGGGGCGCAGGCUGGCGCGCCUGGAGGGGGGCGCGCUGGGCGCAGUGCUGGAUGAGCUGCGGCGCACACGGGCGGACCUCCACGCGCUGCAGGGCCCAGCUGCCAGGCGCAGGCUGCCCGCAAGCUGUGAAACUGCAAUUCUCUUCCCUAUGCGCUCCAAGAAGAUCUUCGGCAGCGUGCACCCUGCCGUCCCCAUGAAGCUCGAGGCCUUCAGCGCCUGCCUGUGGGUCAAGGCCACCGACGUGCUCAACAAAACUGUGCUCUUCUCCUAUGGCACCAGGAUGAAACCCAGAGAGGUGCAGCUGUACCUGGGCAUUCGGACCGUGGUGCUGCUGGUGGACAGCGAGCAGGGCCGGCUUCGGGCUGAAACCGUAGUGUCUCCUGGUUCUUGGGUCCACGUGUGCGGCACCUGGAGCUCCAAGCAAGGGUUGGGGGCCUUGUGGGUGAAUGGAGCACUGGUGGCCAGCUCUGUGGAGCUGGCUCCAGGUUACAUCAUCCCGGAGGGUGGGCAGCUGCACAUCGGCCAGGAAAGGACUGAAGACUCAGAAGAGGGUCUGGCUUUCUCGGGCUGGCUCACUGGCUUCAAUAUCUGGAAUCGGGUCCUCAGCCAGGCUGAAAUCCAGGCGGCCGGGGGUACCCAAUCCUGCCACAUCCGAGGGAACGUAGUGGGCUGGGGUAUCACAGAGAUCCAGCCCCAUGGAGGAGCCCAGUAUGUGGUCUGA